AUGGACACAGAUGACCCGAGGCAACCUUUACUCGGGGGGCCAAGAAAAAAAUGGCGGCGGACAGCGAUUAAGUUCUGUAAUAUGGAGUCGUGGAAAAGGAGAGUGCCGAUUACGAUCUGGUUGCCGACGUACAAACUGGAGUUUUUGGUGCGAGAUGCUAUUGCAGGCAUUACAGUUGGUCUCACGUCUAUACCGCAAGGGAUAGCGUACGCUAUGCUGGCCGGUCUGCCGCCGCAGGUAGGGCUCUACUCCAGCAUAUUCCCGGGAGUUGUGUACGCGAUAUUUGGUAGUUGUAAGGACGUCACAGUCGGCCCCACCGCAGUGCUCGCUGCCCUGAUCGCCAAGUACGUCGCCUUGUCUCAAGACUUCGCCUACCUCGCUACAUUCCUCUCCGGGUGCUUUAUUCUACUGCUCGGUGUUUUGAAUUUAGGUUUUCUGUUGGAUUUUAUAUCGAAACCGGUUAUAAGCGGUUUCACGACGGCGGCCGCGCUACAGAUAUCAGCGACACAACUCAAGUCUCUAUUUCAAACAACAGGUCCAUCGGGCGGUACAUUUAUACACGUUUUGAUAAAUUUCUUCACAAAUAUUAAAACUGUUAAGUUGUGGGACACAGUAUUGGGUGUUGGGACGAUUAUCUCCUUGUUACUGCUCAAGCGGAACUGUGUUACCCCUUAGUCGCCCCUUACGACAUGCGCGCUGUGCGUGCACGCGGCGCGCGCCAGGAACGCGCUCGUCGUGUUCGCGGGGCUCGCGCUGGCGUACGCGCUGUCUCUGCGCGGGCUCGCGCCCUUCGCCCUCACCGGUACAAUACAGGGUGGCCUGCCUCACUUCGGUCCACCGCCCUUCUCAACGACGGUGGGCAAUGAGACGCUGAACUUUGGGCAGAUGCUGGCCGUGUUCGGACCGGAAGGGUUCGCGAUGCCGCUCGUCGCCAUACUGGAGAGCAUUGCUAUCGCUAAGGCUUUCGCGGGCAGUGCCCGCGUGGACGCCACGCAGGAGAUGGUCGCCAUCGGGGCGUGCAACGCGCUGGCGGCGCUGGCGCAGUGCAUGCCCGCCACCGGCUCGUUCACGCGCACGGCGCUCAACCACGCCAGCGGCGUCGCCUCGCCCGCCGGCUCGCUCUUCAAAGCUUCUCUCGUCCUUUUGUCCGUGACUCUGCUGUCGGAAAUGUUUUACUUCAUCCCGCGGGCCACUUUGGCCGGCAUCAUCAUGGUGGCCAUGAUGUCCAUCUUCGACUUCGCAAUCGCCAAGAAGUUAUGGAUCAGUAGUAUAUCCGAGCUCGCGGUGUGGGCCCUGACUAUCUGCGUGGGGGUGUCGGUGGGGCUGGAGUACGGCAUCGCGGCCGGCGCCGCCGCCGACGCCCUGCGAGCCCUCGCCGCCGCCGCGCGCCCACACCUGCAGUUGCAGCUGUUCAAGGUGGGGCACCAGGAGUGCGCGUCGCUGUCGGCGGCGGGCGCGCUGAGCUACGCGAGCGCCGAGCACGCGGCGCGCGCGCUGCGGGCCGCGGCGCGCGCCGGCCGCCUGCUGGUGCUGGACGCGCGCGGCCUGCGCGCCGCCGACGUGGGCGUGCUGGAGUGUGUGUGUGUGUGUCUGCGGGCCGCGGCGCGCGCCGGCCGCCUGCUGGUGCUGGACGCGCGCGGCCUGCGCGCCGCCGACGUGGGCGUGCUGGAGGUGCGUGCGGUUGUGUGUGUGUGUGUCUGCGGGCCGCGGCGCGCGCCGGCCGCCUGCUGGUGCUGGACGCGCGCGGCCUGCGCGCCGCCGACGUGGGCGUGCUGGAGGUGCGUGCGGUGUGAGUGUGUGUGUGUGUGUCUGCGGGCCGCGGCGCGCGCCGGCCGCCUGCUGGUGCUGGACGCGCGCGGCCUGCGCGCCGCCGACGUGGGCGUGCUGGAGAACCUUGGAACUGUUGUAUUAGAUCUGGAGAAAGACAAACACCGUGUUCUGUUGUGGAACUUAAGCCCCAAGCACCAGAAACUGUUAGAAUGUCUUCAUCCUGGAAUAUCCAGUAAAUUCGUAUCGGGACCCAGCAUCGAUCAAUUUAUUUUAGAUCUGAACGCGGCAGGAUUCGUUUGACAUUAAUUCUACGAUACUUUAAAAUUGCGAUAGAAUUAUUUCUAUUUAUGAGAUUUUAUUUCAAAUUGUUAAAUGUAGCGAUAUCUGUAUAUUUACGUUAGGUUAAUAAGAGCGUGUGUUGUACA